GGCAGCAACUUGGCGAAUGGGAAACUGAUGCACGCCGUCUAAAGCCUUUAUAAGCGCGAGGAGCAACGGCAGCAGGAGUAGCAGACCCUCAGGACAUCUCCCGUCUCUUCUCCACUGAGCAGCAUCCCCACGUCCUCCGACAUGAACGGCCACUGCAACGGAAAGGUCCACGACGGCGUGGAGGAGUUUCACAACAAAAACGGUUUCAGCGACCUCAUCAUAGAGACCAAGAAGUCUGCCGGGCACCGCAAGCAUGAGACGUCCCGCAAAGAAGCAGAGGACAAGACCCACCUACCUGCGCUGGAGGCCGCCUACACCCGCAUCCUUCGGGAGCUUGGCGAGGACACGGACCGGCAGGGGCUGCUGCGCACCCCGCUGCGCGCUGCUAAGGCCAUGCAGUUCCUUACCAAGGGCUACCAUGAGACCAUCGAUGACAUCCUGAAUAAUGCCAUAUUUGAUGAAGACCAUGAAGAAAUGGUGAUUGUGAAGGACAUAGACAUGUUUUCACUGUGUGAACAUCACUUGGUGCCCUUUUUUGGAAAGGUUCACAUCGGGUAUAUUCCCAACAAAAAAGUGGUGGGACUAAGCAAGCUGGCAAGGAUUGUGGAGAUCUUCAGUCGAAGGCUUCAAGUUCAAGAACGUCUGACCAAGCAGAUUGCCACGGGAAUAUCAGAGGCUCUGCAGCCAAAAGGUGUAGCUGUGGUUAUUGAAGCAGCGCACAUGUGUAUGGUCAUGCGCGGCGUCCAGAAGAUGAACAGCCGCACAGUGACGAGCACCAUGCUGGGAGUUUACCUAGAAGACCCAAAAACCCGGGAGGAGUUUCUGACCCUUUCACGGAACUAACAAGUGUUACAAACCAUUCACUCCCGAGCCUCUGUAUACAGUAGUGCACAGAAAGCUCUAGACUAACAGUAGAUCCGCAUCUGACUUUAGUUUACUAAAAAAACAUAAUAGGAAAGCUGAUGUGUGAUGUAUGAUCCGAGCCAACUCUGGAGCUCACCUCAAAACACUGAAGCCUGAAAUAUUUCAGUCCUGCUGCUGAAAUCCAUCAUUUGAAAUCACUGUGAACGCAACAGGAAACAUAAAAAGGUGCCUUUGAUAGAUAUUUUACAGUCUUACAUGGCAAUAUUGUUGUUAUUAAGUCUGAAACGAGUGCAAUGUUGUAAUGUGACAGUACCUUCCUCUACUAUGUUCCUGGGAAUGUCCUCGGUGCUUGGUGCAAAGUGGGACUCUUACGCCUUUCCUUGCUUUUAUUGUUGUAUUUCGUAUUGAAUUUAACAAAUUGCCAUUUAUAAAUACCUUUAUAAAGUCUUUGUAAUAUAUAUAUAUUAUAUGACAUUUCUAAGAUACAAAUAAAAUGAUUAUUAAUCUGUAGUCCAAAGAGUAUAACAGAUGGAAGUACUGACUAGAUUUUUGGUUUUAUCAAUGAUGACUGUAGCAUGUGUUUUGAAGAUUCUUUGCCUAAAUAAAAUGCAGCAAGCAUUAUGAAAGCUGUCAAAUUGUCCUUUGUGUAUGUCGAUAAGAGGUUAACAGCCCAGGCUAUUA